CCUAAAUUGCGCAGUUUGUUCCUCGCGGGAAGCCCGCUGGGGUCCUUGGGUUUAGAAUCCUUGCUCCGCUUGGUCAUCGCUUUACCAACCCUGCGCUGCGUCGACGUGUCUGGCUUUCAGGACGCGGCGCCGACGAUUUUUCGAUCGAGCAACUUGGUCCAGGGUGUUUACGAUUUGAAUUUAAGGGAUCCGUUUGCCCGCUCGUUGUUUUGCCGGAAACUCUACCGAAGCGAUUUCACCGCUGCGAACAAAACUCUGCUGGACUGCAUCCCGCAACUCAAGCUCUUACCCGAGCCAGAAAAUGGCGACGGUGGUGUGGCUGCAAAAGCCAAAGGGCCGAACAAGAACAAGAAAAACGGGAACAAUGGCGGUUCACAAAGUUUAGAUUCGGUUGCAGCGGCUCUGGAGAACGACAUAAGACAGGCAGAGGCACACACGUUGUUGUCCUGUCUCAAAGAGGAGAAGCAGGGCGAUGAAAACCCUUUCACAAGGAACAUCCGUGUACAAGUGACGCCGCCUGAUUUCCUCGACAAGGUGACAACUUUUGAGGCAUCAAGUACUUCUUCAAGUUCAAAGGGGAAAGCGAGGAAUGGGAAAGCCGCAAGUAUCGGAGGAAAUCAUCAUGUGGUCGGGCACCAGUUACAGCAGCACAACUUUCUCCAUGAACAGGAUUUCGCGUCUAUCAUUCCAACGACCCUCGUCGCCGGGUCGAAUCAGGAAUACCGACGCGUUGCUUCGAUGUACCAGAAGUACAUGAAAAUCGCGAAAAAGCUCCAUUUCCUGACGUUCAGCCAGUUUCUAGUCGUGAAAGACAUGCUCGAUUUGUGUCUUCCAACCGGUUUCCAAGCGUUUCUCACCGCUUUGCAGAGGACCUGUAUCUUGAAACAGGCACAGCUCGCGACUUUGCUGAGGGAGUGUGUGUCCCAUGCACGCGUUCCGCACGUCUGCCAGGAGCUACUCCCAUCAUUGUGGUUCAGGACCGACGUGUCCUGCCGCGGGUUGCAGUUUGAGCGGCUUUUGUCUAGCGACACGACGCACAAAACGACGAGAAAAUUGAUUCUGCAGAUCGUCCGCCCGUUUUUCUACUACUGCCCACAAAACCCGACAGGCAGAUAUGCGCUGCGAGUUGGGACAAAUGCCUGUGACCGGGCGGUUCUGGAGGGUUUGAUGCUGAUCAACGAAUGGGAAAAGUCGGUUUUCGACUACAAGCUGGCGAUGCACAACUCCGGUGCGACAGGAACAGUAUCUUCUUCGGGUGGAAGCAACAAAAACAUCGCGGGCUCGAUCCACGGUGUGAAAUUGCUGCCGCCAAAUUUCUCCGCGAAAAAUCAGUGGUCAAUGCUCUCCGAGCAGGACAAAGCACUCAUUUUCCCGCCGAUCGCCGGUGGCCCGGACGGGAACUUUUCGGAAAGCGGCGGUGGAGGUGCGCCGGUGUUCCCGCCGUGCGAUCUGUCGCAGUACCAGGACGAUGAUCAUUUUCGAAAUUGCCACCUGAAGAUCGUGCGGAGCUCCGCGGCGGGAGCGGGUUCUUCCAGUAGCUGCCCAAGCGCGAAGCAGCAGCAAAAUCCAUUUGGAAAAAGCGGUAAGAAAAGCCAAGAGGGCGCAGAGCCGGGAGAUGAAGAUGACUCCGCGGUGGUUGAGACGGAGAUUUUCUUUUGCGAUUACUCCUCAUCAUUGUUGACGGUCAACCCGCUUCCAGCCGGAGAAACCGGCGUCGGGUUUGAAAAGAAGAUACCGUCAACAUCGACGACCUGCGGCCCACAGAUCCACGGCUUCUUCGCACAGCAACCAUCUCAAACAAAACAACUUGACAUGAGCAAUCCAGCUAGCCCAUCCAGCCCCGGCACAACUGGGACUACUUCUGCAGGAAUAUCCAAUAGCGACAACCAGCCCCAGCUCCAAACCACGAACUUGGAGCUCCUCGACCGGCUUUGCCUAGUUUUAGAAAAGUCCGACGCGGCCGUGUUUCACAAAAUCCGCGCGCUCCGCUCCAUCACCCACUUGCUGCAUCUCCGGGUCGCAGACUUUCUAAAACUGCUUAAGAUUUUCGCGGACGGCUCCGGGUGGCUGGACGAGGUCGACUGGCAGUCGAAAGACCAGCAUGUCGACAGCGACCCGCGGGUUGAAAUGUUUUUUCUCCUCUUUUCUCGGUGUGCGGAACGGGAGAAGAUUUGCUCACCGCGGGUACUGUUCAACCGAAACGUGUUCAGCGAGACGGCACAACAGGAAAUCGUCACCCGGAUCGGGCGGCUGACCACGUUAAAUUUGCUCUAUUCCGUCACGAAUAUCGCCCACUACCAUCAGCUGCACAGUUCGACGUACACUGUGGAUGUCUCGAUUCCAGAAGACCGGCUGCUCGUCUGGGUGUUGUACUGCGUGGCGAAAGCGGAGAGCGGAAAACUAUUCGUCUGCGCGGAUUUGGAGAGUAAAAGCGGUCUGACAAAAAUGAAAUCCGUUCUGGAAGUCGUAGAGGCGGCGAGGGAAGCAAAGAAUUUGAACGCGCCACCGGUCUUGCUGUUGCCGACAGACGCGGACAGUGUGGAAGUAGGUGUUGAAGAAGAUAUCAAUGCGGUGAAGACUGCGCCGGCGAGUAGUGCAGGAGGUGCCCAAUAUAGCACCUGGCACUCCCCAGCCGACGUGCCACGGAGGGGCGUUGCGACACUCGUUUUGGAAACAAGGAACAUCCGAGAGGACUUUCGGUAUUUCUUGUGGCAACGGUGGUGCCGACCGAUUCGGGCGAGUUACAAUUGAAAAGAGACCGGGCGCAGGUGGAGUGGCAAUGUUGUUUAUAUGAAAGACAACUUCAUCAACUUCUCGCACGAAGCUGUCAAAUCGAUUUUUGUUUUAUUACGUAUACAGAGCUUUCAUCUAUGCUUCGUCACUGCGUGUUCUACUUCACGUGUGUGUAGUUGUACAAUACGAAUAAGUACUCUCUCACGACAGUAGAUUCAGGGUACUGUGAUGACAAUUGGAUCAUGAUUUUGAUUUUUCGCUCUCUGUACAAUGAAUAUGACUCCUAACGUAACAACUGUAUGAUUUAAUUACCUGCAUUGUAAGCUAAGUGCACAUGAUGUCUGAGUCUGUGACAAGUAUGAGUACGACAUUUUUAUCCAGUGAUCAUUUUCUUCAACAUUUCCACAACUUUAAGACCAUAUAUCUCCUAAACCAUAUCUAUACCGGAAAAAUCGAUAGUAGAGUGGUGUCGAAGCUUGUGGUGACUCCGAACAGUGUGUAAACAGAAUCGAAAGGACGAAGCAAGAUCGAUGAAUAAUCGGGCUACAUCGCAGGGGCCUAUUUCUGUGUGAAUUGUGCUUCUCCCACACCAGACUUGAGAGAGCAGAGAGACCGCUAGUUCGAGCGAAGCGGAAGCGACGUCGCCGAGGGCAU